CGAACGCACAUUAUGAAACGGCUGGGGCGGGUCAUUCUUACCAUUGACAUUUUCACGUUGUAUUUUUAAUUCAGUAUCUAUUAAAACACGUCAUGAUUCAGGGGAAAUUAGUGUGCAGAGCCGCAGAUAAAGCAGCCCAUGUAGACGACUGUAUCACGUGGUAUCUGUUACUUUUAUCAUCGUAUAUCGAGAUCAUAUAACAAUAAAUUUCACAAUAGUGUACUUUGGUCCUCCGGAGGUUAGACCCAUCCUCUCAGACCCAUGGUGCAUACAAAUAACACUACACAGAAUAAAAUAUAUGUAAAAAUACAGAUUAUAUAUAUGUAAAAUACAACUUUUACAAGCAGGGAUAUUUUAAAAAAAGAAAAUAGGUAAUGGCAGGUAAGAGUGCAAACCAGUGAAAUAUACAACCGUGCAGAUGUGAGGUAGUGCAACGAGCUUAUUAGUCUGUUUAAAGAUAAGAGUUUGUUUCCAAAAUGAGAUAACUCCGUUUUUUAUUUGUCAAAAAUCAUGUUUUUUAUUAUGCUAUCAUGUUUUUAUUGUGUUAGUUAGCUGUUUUUUUUGUUUUGUUAUUCUGGCUUAAAUUAAAACAAACCAACUGCAGUUUGAUUGAUAUUAAUUGGAAAUGCACAAUAAAAAAACAUGAUUUUUGACGGAGUUAUCUCAUUUUGGAAAUUAACUAUUCGUAUGCAGUUUAUGUAAACAUACUGUUAAACCGAGCAGCAAAUUGGGAAAGGGGAAUCUGAGAUUAAAUCUCAAGCAUCGUGCUUCUAUAUUAAAUAAAAAACGGCAUUACCUCUUUGCUUAAUUUUUUUAUCGAGUUACUAUUGCUUAAUCAUUGAUUAAAAAAAAAAAGAAAUAGUUUUCCCCCCCAACUGCUAGGAGGCAGUCGUGCGGACGCCGCGUUGACCAGAUCGCCGACAUAUUGGGAGAGCAAGGUUAAAAAUACAAGUAAACUGGAGCAAUCUGCGGGGGUUCUAGGUGGUAAUCGGAACAUUUCUCUUAAGAUCGGUUCAGAAAGAACACCAGUAAAUUUGGUUUUGUGCUUUUUAAGCAGAAAAGCCGCAGCUCCCCGUUCACGUGUAACGGUGUGUGUUUAAAGUGCAGUCCUGACGUCAGCCACGUGAGAGGCGAUACGCAGCUGUUUGUAAGCUAGAAACUACAUCUCUGCAAUAAAUAUGACUGAUAUGAUUAAAACGCUUUUUAAAGCAUUUGAAGUGAGAUGGAAGUCCUACAGGCACAGAUUUGUCCCCUGGAUAGCUGUAAACCUACAGAAAAACCAGAGAACUCUUCGUCAGGUGAAAGGUCGCUCGCAAGACAAGUUAAUCCAGGACGAGCAGGUGUUUGCAUCCCUCGUGUGUUUAUUCACUGAACUCUUGAGAAAUGACCUGCAAAGUCGACGUGAACUGCUACGGCUGCUUCCUGCGCGCUCGCAGAUCUACAGCAGCGAUGGGCACGAGCAGUGUCGUGACUCUCGUGCAGUAAUUAUGAGGACUUUAGGCUUCAGUAUCGAGAGAAAGCGCAGUUCACUGCAGGGCGCGGGAACCGGUGUGUUUGUGACAGGUGGACACGUGCGGAAGGGAAACGUUGUCGCAAUGUAUCCAGGCACAAUAUAUCAAGCAGAUGAGCCUAUCUUUUUUCAGUCAAUCAAAAAUCCAUUUGUUUUUAGAUGCAUUGAUGGUAUUUUAAUUGAUGGAAAUGACAAGGCUGUAUCUAAAGCAGUGUAUCGAUCCUGCAGUGGACGAGAUAGGGUCGGUCCUUUUCAUCUAAGUGACUGUUCCUGGUUGACCUCUCACCCUGUGAACCCUUUUGCUGUGGGACAGUAUGUGAACAACUGCUCGAAUGAGAGAGAGGCGAAUGUGUGCUAUCAAGAGUUUGAUGUGCCGAAUGAAUUUCCUCUUGAGCUUCGUCAGUAUCUGCCAAAUAUUAACUAUAAAUCUGAUACACAAAGACUUUUGCGUACUGUGGUUCUUGUGUCACUGAGAGAUAUCAGAAGAGGUGAAGAAUUGUUCUCCAACUACUACACAAUUGUGCAUUAAAUAAAGCUUUGUAAUCUAUUGUAUGGUUGUUUCUGAGUUGUGAUCAGCAAAUAUAAUAUAUAUAUAAUAAUUACAUAUAUUAAAGUUUUUU